UGAAAUCAGCUGACUAAAUACGUGUGACUGCAAUAUAAAUCGAGAAGACACAGUAUACUGACAUUUAAUUGUGUCGGGUUUGUCAAUAUGGCCGGGUGUCUAAACUAUCUCGUCUGUUUUCUUGCCGUCACAGCGGUAUCUUUUGCCAAAACAUGGAUGUAUCCUGAGGACAUCGACAGAGGAAUGUAUCUUUUCAGAGCAUGGAAAUACGAACAUGGAAUAUCUUAUCCAAGUAUGAGAGUGGAAAACCGGAAAUUUAAAGUGUUCAUGGAAAACCUCAAACAUAUCAACAAACUGAAUGUCCUUCACAAGGGGAGUCCCGAAUUUGCUCUGAAUCACUUUGCCGACAUGUCUCCAGCGGAGUUCCGGUCGACGAUCCUUAUGCCCAAACGUGUACCACCAAAGUUCGAAUCUGAAAGGUAUAUCAGACGAGAACAGGUCGAUCCGUUGCCGGAAUCAUUUGAUUGGCGAUCCAAAAACAUGGUAACAAGUGUCAAAGACCAAGGUUCCGCCGGAUCAUGCUGGGCAUUUAGCACUAUUGGAAAUUUAGAGGGACAGUGGGCGAUGGCUGGAAAGCAAUUAACGAACUUCUCUGUAGAGCAAGUUGUGGACUGCGAUGGAAUGGAGGAUGUCAAGGGGGGGAAUGCUGAUUGUGGAGUAUUUGGAGGAUGGCCGUACCUAGCUUACCAAUAUAUCAUGAAAGCAGGUGGUCUAGAGACAUGGGAGGAUUACUGGUACUGCUCCGGCCUUGGUGGAGCCCCAGGGACUUGUGAAGUUUGCCCGGCCCCCGGUUAUAACACCAGCCUGUGUGGUCCACCAAUCCCGUACUGUAAUAUGAGUCAAAGUUGUGUCGACAAGCUGGACAGGUCAAAGUUUGUUUCCGGGUUUAAGGUCAACACAUGGAAAGCCAUCAGUGAGAACGAGACUGAGAUUGCUAAGCAGCUGAUUCAGAUUGGCCCUCUUUCAGUUGCCCUAGACGCCGAAUUGUUACAGUUCUACCACAGAGGAGUUUUCUCAACCUACUUCUGUUCAAAGACGAGACUCGACCACGCUGUGCUGCUAGUGGGUUACGGCAAGGAGAAAGGAUUUUUUGAAACCACCGAUUAUUGGACUGUGAAAAAUUCAUGGGGCCACAAAUGGGGCGAAAGUGGUUACUUCAGGAUCAAACGUGGAGAUGGCAUGUGUGGUAUAAAUACAGCGGUUACCACUGGCGUACUUGGGGCAUGACGUCGUCAGAGUCAGAGUGACGCCAUAUUAGAAUCUAAGCAUUAAAAUUGACAUUUAAAUUCUAAAUGUAAUGGAACCUACCAAACGAAGCUAUUUUGCAUCAACGUCGUUAUGAACACAAAUCGGUUACAAUAAUAUUAGUAGUCUUCUUGUUAUAUUGUUAUAACCGGUUUGCGUUCAUGCCGAAUUUAUUGUUAAACACGCACUUCUUUCCUUGUAAUUUUAAUGAGAUUCAACUGUAAAUUUAUCUUUGUGACAUGUAAGUGAUACCCAGUUUCUGACGACAGUGGCCGAAAAAAUUGGUUUUAGAGUGUAAAUUUGUUUUGUCUGUGAUUAUAUAUAUAUUUUGACGAACAUGUUGUAUUGCCAACUUGAGAUUAAUGAACACAUUCCAUGAACCUCUAAACAUAUCAGUCUUAAAUGUGUAACGUUCUGUCCGAAAGUGUAAUUGUGGAAAGAUUUUUCACUGUCUUGCUUGAAUCUAUUGGUGCUACGAUGACGGGAUUGUCUUUUUGGAUGCUGUUGC